AUGGAUACUUUCUCAGUGCAUGACAUUGAUGAAAUGAUGGAACAGUUAGGCUAUGUUGAUGAAGGUAUACCUUUGUACUAUCAAUUUAAACGACCUUUGUCAGAUUUAGAUUUCGGGUUAUUUGCUCUGGGUAGUGAUCAGGAUGUGAGACAUCUGGGUACCUUCAUUUCCAAGCAUAAGUUGAUUGAAAACUAUAUUGAGCAUGGAAAAACCCAAUUACAUACGUACACAAUGUCCCCAAAUCAAUCAAAAAUUCAAAUAAAUGAAAUUAUUGAACCUCCAACAUGUUCUCGUAGGCUUUUCUUAGAUUGGUAUGAUACUAGUGAAAAAAAUGUUGUUGGGGAUGCUUCUAAAGAGGCUAAUGUAGUGGACCUCACUGGAAAUGACAAUAUGGAGUUAACUGUAAUUGAUAAUGGGGAUAAUAACAAGGAAGAAAAUCCAUGUGCUGAUUUUGAAAUUGGGGACAAAAUUGACCACACAAAUGAAGUUGAAUUUGAGGAUGGUAACAAGGAUGGAGAAGAUCGAUGUGCUGAAUUUGAAAGUGGGGACAAAUUUGAGGACAUAAAUGAAGAUGAAUUUGGAAGCGGGGACAAAUUUGGGGAUGAUAGUGGUUAUGAAUCUAGUGAGUCCGAUGACAUAGACUUUUAUGUUGACAAUGACAAUAUCUUAGAUGAUGUAGAAGUUGACAUGAAUGAUUUCAAUGAUAACAUUGAUAUGAAUGCAGAGUGGGUUGGAGGUAAGAAUGGCAAUGUGGUAGAAGAAGAGAAUGAAGUUUGGGAGCUUAAUGAAGUACUAAAUAACGAGGUUCUUAUGUCAGGCUCAUCUUCGGAUGAAGGACCAGUUGCUCAACGAAAGAAGGCCAUCAAAGCUAUCCAAAGAGCUCACGAGAAUGAUGAAGCAAAUGUUGCUGAACCAUUUUAUAUCCUUCAAACCUUUAAUACAGCCCAAGAGUUUAAAGAAAGAGUUAAACUCCAUGCUAUUGAGACAAGAAGGGAACUUGAAUUUGAAAAAAUGACAAGAAUAGGUGGGGAAGGUCAACAAGAAGUCAACAAUGAAGAUGAAGAAAAGUGCCCGUGGAGCCUCUAUGCUAGUAAAUGGAAACGUUACAUAAACUGGAUGGUCAAAUCUUACAACAAAGAACAACGGUGUCUCCAAACGCGGAAUGUUAAAGCUUGUACUUAUAAGUUUUUCGCCAAACAAAUUGCAAGUCAGGUGGAAUCUAACCCAACUAUUCCAAUUCAUGCUUUACAAGAACAACUACAACGUGAUUACCAAGUGGGACUUUCCAAGAUGAAGGUGUUUAGGGCUAGAACUGAAGCUCUCAAUCAGGUGCGAGGGGAUUAUGUUGGUCAGUAUGCUUUAUUGAGAGAUUAUGUUCUAGAACUUCACAAACAUAACCUAGACACGACUGUAAAGAUUGAUGUAGAGAAUGAACCAAAUCAAAAUGCAGAAACUAGAACUUUCAAGCGCAUUUACAUCUGUCUUGGUCCUUUAAAAAAGGGAUUUGCUGCUGGAAUAAGAGACUUUCUUGGUCUCGAUGGUGCUUUUAUGAAGGGUCCAUACCCAUGA